AUGUUGGUCCUACUUGAAUUUGGUCUCUAUUGUCGUGUAUUCUGUUGCUUUGGAUGUCGGUCUGAGAGCCGCCAACUUGGAACCCGGAUAUUUGCCUAUGUUGAUUCCGAUCGAGCUGCAUGGACGAAUUAUCAGCAGCAGCAGCAACAACAGCAGGUGCAUCCUAUCAAAGGACCAUCCAACGGCAUGGGAGUUAUGCCUAGCAUUCCUCCACCUCCCCCCUACCCACCACCACCUCUUCCCUCUACUGGGGGACCCAUGGCUCCCCCUUUUCCAGCUCCGCCAAUUCCAACUGGAGGCCAAGAUGGGCAUCGACACCUUUCAGAUGAUGGCAGUCUACCUAGUGGCGGUAGUAAGUAG